GUCCCCCCUCCCGGUCCCCCCUCCCGGUCCCCCCUCCCGGUCCUCCUCCCGGUCCUCUUCCCGUGCCCCCCUCCCGUGAUGUCCGAUGAUCAGAACCGGCACGAUGACAUCAGCGUGAGUCGCGUGAGCUGAUCGAUCACUAAUAACCAGAGUCCCCAGGAUGCUCCCGGCCUCCAUCCAGAUCACAGGUGAGCUCCUCUCAGGUGAGGAGGUGCAGGACAUCUGCCAGAGCCUCCAGGAGGACGUGGUGCGCCUCCUCUCAGUCAGAGGAUGCCAGCUCUCAGACGCAGCCUUCCAGCAGGUGUGUUUCUGCGUGGCUUCGUCUCGCUCUCUCGCUCAGCUCAACCUGAACCUGGGCGUGGUCUCCAGCCUGAGCCGGACCAAUCAGCUGGCCCAGGCUCUGAGCAGCAACCAAUCACUGCAGGCGCUGUUUCUCCACGGCAGCCCCCUAUUGGACGCCGGCCUGGUGACGCUGAAUCCGGCUCUGUCGUCCCACCCGGCGCUGCUGAGCCUGGACCUGGGAGACUGCCUGCUGGGAGACGAAGCCUUAAGACUGAUCUGUGGUCUGCUGCCUCCUGAUGGGAACAAGUCAGGUCUCAGGGAGCUCACUCUCUCUGCAAACCCAGGAAUCAGCUCCAGAGGCUGGGCUCGUCUCUCCGUCGCCGUCUCUCACAGCUCUCAGCUCCGAGUGCUGAACCUGGACUACAACCCUCUGGGGGAUCAAAUUGCUGGGAUGCUGGCGGUCUCUGUGGCCUCGAGCAGAACUCUGGAGGUUCUGGAUCUGGAGGGGACUGGACUGAGCAACCAAUCAGCACAGGUGUUCCUGGACAUGGUGCAGAACUAUCCCACCAGCCUGAGGGUUCUGGUUCUGUCUGAGAACAGCAUCAGCGCGGAGCUGCAGCAGCAGAUCAGCGACCUGCUGUCAGAGGGUGAGGAGGAAGAGGAGGCCCCGCCCCCUCAGCCAGGCCACGCCCCUAACAGCGCCCUGCGGCCAAUCAGAGACAAGUACCAGCCAAUCAGAGACAAGUACCAGCCCCCCGCCUGGCUCCCCCACAGCAACUCCAGCCCCCAGAUGGUCUUUCUGACUUCAGGUGUAGGUGAGAGCUUAUUGGCUGAGACUGAGAUGUGACUCCUCCCCCCCUCACACACACUUCCUGUUUCACUUUAUUAUGAUUUGUUUGGAUGUUCCUGUUUGUUUCUCCACUCUGCGGCUGGUCGGAGCACCUGAUGGCUGGCAGCCAAUCACAUGCUCUGCAUGGUUUGAUGUAGCACCGGUUCACCUGACACACAAGUGACUUACACAGUUCACCUGAUGAAUGUCGUUCUGAUGUCACGAUAAUAAACUGUUU